GUUGUGACUCCUCAGAACUCUGAUUCCCUUGGAUUUCCUAGAGCGAGUGAGUAGGCAGUGCACACUCGUUUCCCUCCUAGAGAAAGUCUAAAGUUCCUCCAGGCAUUGAUCUCUUAAAAGUAGACAUCGGAAAAGAAACUCCAAAUCCAUAAACAAAAGAAAAAGUAGAUCCCAAAAGUAGACCCAUCCCUGUCCAAGAAACAAAGGAGAGACCGACCCAUCAUCUUUUGUUGAUGGGCCACUCGCCUUCUGCAGCUACUCUUCUUCCCGAUGUUGUUAAUCUGUCUCCUCCAUGCAUGUAUUUCCGGCUCUCCUCCUAUUGCUUCUUCUUGUCUGAUCUCUUCAUCUCUCCAAAUACUUGCUCUCCCAUCAGUAUGCUUCACCUUCAUGAAGGAAGAACCACUAAUGGUGCAACACCUCGGCCACAACUGAUGCUUUUGGUGAGUGUCCCCGGCAACAGCUUGUUCAGCAUUGUAGCAGUGCGAUGCGGGCAUUGUUGUAAUCUGCUGUCUGUGAACAUGGGAGACCUGCUUCAGAAACUCCCUCUUCAAGAUCUCCAGACCUGCAACGCAGCAGCAGCUCAUGAUGGCAGGACGAUGGCAUGUGGAUCACCUUCCAAGUUCAACAGCACUUCCUUAUUCUACAGUGUGCCAAAGGAUCAACAACAAAUUAUGCUGCCUAUGCGUCCAGCUCCGGAGAAGAGACAUCGCGUGCCGUCUGCAUAUAACAGGUUCAUAAAGGAGGAAAUACAAAGGAUUAAGGCUAACAAUCCAGACAUCAGCCACAGAGAAGCAUUCAGCACCGCGGCGAAGAAUUGGGCACACUUCCCUCACAUCCAUUUUGGACUCACCAUUGAUGGCAGUAAGCAAGCCAAGAAUGAUGAACCAGCUGCUGCUACAGUCACUGCACCGGGAGGCCAGAAAGCUCAGAGCUUCUUUUGAGCAUUAUUAAUCCGAAGAGUGAGUAUGCUGCAGUUAUUAAACUUGCAGUCUUCAGGUGGCUAUGAAGACCAUCUUAAUUACCUUUGUUUUGUGGAUGCUUAAACAUAAUAGAAAGAACUCCUAAGCACUCUGGCUAUUAUUUACUGCUCACUUAAAUCAA